AUGCUGCGAGGUACAAUGCUAUUUUUGUCAUUCAUAGCAAUAUGUUCGUUAACGUUGCACCCGAUGUGUCACGCUCGAGAACUGGUCAGUGCGAAAUCGCGUAUCAGUCGGCGUGAUGUGCGAGGAAAGAACGAUGACCAUGCAGGUCAUUUAGAGCCGAUCGUGGUCUCGUCGCCAAUCGCAGAGGUGGAUGACCUCGAAACAGCAGCAACUGAACAUAAGGGUCAUCAUCACGAAUCCAGUGGUGGUCACAAACAUGAAUCUCAUCAUCACGAGGACCACGGUGGAAAAGGUGAGAAGGGAUACAAGAGUCACCAUCAUCACGAUAAAGGCGACAGCGGUAAACACGAUAAGGAACAUCAUUCCGGUCAUCAUGCUGAACAUGGUGGCAAAAAAAAGGGUCAUCACGACGAAUAUGAAAAAUAUGGCGAACAUCACGAGGGCGAAAAAGGCCACAAGGGUGGCAAGUUUGGUGAGAAGAAGGGCCAUAAGAAGGGUCAUAAGACGAAGGGUUAUCACAACAAGUUUCACAAAGACGAAUAUCACAAAGAGCACAAGUUUUACGAUGAUUAUCAUAAAGGCGGACAUCACGAGAAGCACGGUGAUUUUCAUGGUCAUCAUGAGAAGAAGGAAGGUCAUCAUAAAAAGGGCGGUCAUCAUCAUUCCGGUUAUCACGAGGAUCAUCACGGUAAAAAGGGCCAUCAUGACAAAGGUCAUCACGACGAGGAGCAUAAGGGCCACCAUGGCAAGCACGGCCAUGAGGAGCACCAUUCUCAUGACGAUGCUUAUGGCAAGAAAGGCGAUCAUCAAUCCGGAAAAAAAUACGGUUAUAAGAAAGGGCAUUAAAAUUAUUGGCUCAAGUAUUACAGAUCAAAAAGUAAUCGCUCAUUUUACAGUUAUGAUUUAUAUCUACUUCAGACAAUAUCACGCGACUACAUUUCGUGAUCGUAUAUUUUAUAUUGUUCUUUAUAUAAUAUAAUUAUGCGCAAAUAUACUAACACGCGCAAAGAAA